AUGGACGUCGAGGCGCCGCCGACGCCGUCCGCGGACGCCGCCGUCGCGGCGAACGACGCGAACGCGAACGCGAACGACACGAUCACCCCGCGCGACCCUCUCCUCGCCUCCGACGCCUCCAAGCUCUCCAUGCGAACGUCGCCGUCGGCGUUCGCGGGCGAGAGAGCGUCGAUGCAGAGGUCGCAAUUCGGCGAGCAGGUGGAGGCGGGGAAGCGCACGUCCCCGUCCGUCGGGUUCGCGACCGCGUCCAGGUUCCCCUGGCUCGAGAAGCCGGACUCCCCGAAAGCGCCGCGGCCGCCGUCGUACGCGGUCCCGGGGCCGGGCGCCUACGCGCCCGCCGCCGCCGUCGGGGAUCAGGCGCGUUCUGAUCGAUUGAUUCAUCACGCCGGUUCCCGUACGACCGCGUUCACACUGGUCCCCAUACGACCGCGUCGCCGUGGUGAACGCCGUUCCUUAAGGACUUUCUCUCCCGGCGGUCAUUUCUCUCCGCACAGGGUCCCUCGCUUUCAAUCCCGACACACCGCGAUGCCUUUCAACUCCGCUUCUGACGCCUUUCGACUCCACCCCGACGUCGCUUCGAACGACGCUUUGAACGACCCGCCGCAGAUCCUCGCCGAGCGUCGCACGUGCCCGCGCGCGGCGUUCGGCAAGGCGCAUCGAUUCGCGACCGCGCCGAAGCGCAAUCGCGCGCCGGACCCGGGGACGUACCCUCUGCCGCCGUCGCUCGGGAAGCAGCCGGACAGCACCAAAGAGACCGGCGCGACGAUCUCGUUCACGCGCGGGAGUCGAGAGGUGUCGUCGGGCGCGGUGGAAGCCGGGAGAGACGCGCCGCCGUCGACGCGGUACACGCUGAAGGAUUCGCUCACGAACUCGCCGUACAAGUCGAUCGCGUUCACGCGAGACAAGCGCGCGAUAGGCGACGGCGCGAAGAAGCGCGCGGACGAGCGCGACGGCGGCUCCGGGCCCGGACCCGGCGCGUUUCGAGCGGAGCGCUCCGUCGGUCCGCAGACGCGCAGCGGCCGGCGGCGCGCGCCGUCCGCGUCGUUCGGGACGUGCUACCGCGACCAGGCCGCGAAGGCGAGCUUGAGUCGCGAGCAGGCGAGCGCGAUCUUGGGAGGGAGGAUGGGGCCGGGGCCCGCGGUCGAGCCCCCGGGACCGGGCGGACUCGGCGCGCAGAUUCGCAGCGCCAGGAGGAGCGCGCCGUCCGUCGGGUUCACGAGAGGGAAGCGUUUCGGGAAGGGCGAGGACGCGGGCAAGGUCGACACCCCGGGGCCGGGGUCGUACCGAUGCUGA